UUUCACGUUUUACGUUGCAUAACCUAACCUCACAUCACUAGUGAAGAUUGUGUGAGAAUAUUGUUUACGAAUGAUAUGACUGUUUACUAUUUCAAUGUUUAUUAUUUUAUGGUCCAAUUUUGAGGUUGUUUAUAAUAUUAAACGGUUAACAAACUAAAUAAUAUGUUAUCAAUUCACUUUCUCUAAAUAAUUCUUCUAAAAUGGGAUUUGUAAAUUAUUCAACAAAAGCAGUUGUAAUAUCGGAAAACAAAGAACAUUUAGCUGUUACAGAAAAAACUAAUGACCAAGAAAAUACAGAUAAAAUUCUCACUUUAUCAGAAUUUUUCAAUAAUGACAAUUUUGCGAAAUUGGAAAAAAUAACUGUUUUAGAAUUAACACACUGCCAAAUAACAGAUUUACCGAUAGCAUUCGAAAAUUUAAAUUUAAAACGUUUAAAUAUCUCACGCAACAAUCUUUCAAAUGUUCCUGCAUGUAUUUACAGUGGAUUAAAUUAUUUAGAAUACUUGGAUCUAGGUCACAACUCAAUUCAAGUUUUUGAUAUGCCACCAGGUUGUCUUCUUCAUAUUAAAACUAUAAAAUUAAAUAAUAAUUUACUUUAUAUGAUUCCUAAAUGGAUAGUUACAUUCCAAAGCAUCAACCUAGAAGAACUAAAUUUCAGUUUUAACAAAGCCUCUCAGUACACAUACCACAGAAAUAGCUAUAAUAUGCAUUUUAUGAAGUUAAAUAAAUUGAAAUUAAAAAAUAGUCAAUUGAUAGAUGAUGAUUUCGAUUUUUUGAAGUGUUUGAAGAAUUUGGAAUACCUGGAUAUUAGUAAUAAAGGUGAUAUAUUCAUCAAUAAAUUUCACGAGGUAGAUAAUUUGUUUGUAAAACCAAAAUGGAAGCAACUUAAAAUACUUAAAAUGAAUAAUCUAGGACUGUCUUUAUUUCCUGAAGGUGUACCAUGGCUAGAGAGUUUAAGUGAGCUUCAUAUAAACGAAAAUUGUAUAUCCUGGUUUCCUGACGGAAUUGAAUUUAUGGUGAAUCUUCGAGUAUUAAAUAUUUCUCAAAACUCACUUGUAGCCAUUCCAGAUGCAAUAAUCAAAUUGGAGCUAUUAGAAGUUUUAUUAGCUAGUGCUAAUAACAUCGAAAUUUGUCCUGACUUUAGUAAAAUGGUCAAUUUAAAGACACUGGAUCUCUAUGAUAAUCUACUAGAACAUGUUCAAUUAAACUGUGAUACUUUAGAUAGUUUUGAUUUAGACCAAAAUUAUAUUAGUAAAUUAGACUUUCCAAAUUAUGAUGCAAAGAAAAAGAAAUUGAGAGAUACAUUUACUAAAACCGAAAUAAGAAUAGAUAAUCAAAAACUAAGGUAUGAAGAUGACAUAACAGAUUCUUUUAAAACAUGCAGUGAUGAUGAUUAUGGAAAAGACGAUGUUUAUGGAAAAGAUGAAGACACAUCAUCUUUUCAUACAGUAUUAGUGAAUAAAACAAUUUUUGAUGAAGCAGAAGAUUGGGAUUCGCCUGAUCCAAUUGGUCAAAGACAUCCCGAUAUUGACAGCGAAGACGAUUCUUGGGAUGGCGAGGAAAAGAGAAUUGUAAAUAAGAAGGUGAAAGUCAGAAAAAAGGUUUAUGUAGAAGAUGAAGACUGGAUGUUUCAAGAUGUGGAAGACAUUCAGAGUUGAUGUUUUAAAUUCGAUGUAAAUUUUAAAAAGAAAAUUUGUUUCUUAAAUUUAGAAUAUUAUAUUCAUAGAUUUUUAAUCGAAGCAAUUUUUAAUUUAUUAUAUGUAUGUGCAUAUCCUGAAAAUGGUUAAUAUUUAAUUACAGUGA